AUGGCAGCAGCAAACUCUAGUCCACCGAGCUCUUUGGAUCUAGACCAGCCUGGAUUUGCAAAGGAGAUCCUGGGAACUAAACUGGAGGUCAAAUAUCUCUGCUCUGAUUGCAAAAAUAUCUUGAGAAGGCCAGUCCAAGCUCAGUGUGGACAUCGCUACUGUUGCUAUUGCCUGAAGAAAAUUAUAAGUGCUGGACCUCAGAAGUGUGCCAGCUGUAUUCAGGAAGGAAUAUAUGAAGAAGGAAUUUCUAUUUUGGAACCCAACUCAGCUUUCCCAGACAAUGCUGCUCGUCGGGAAGUGGAAAGUCUGCCUGCUGUCUGCAUCAACAGUGGCUGCACGUGGAAGGGAACUAUUAAAGAAUAUGAGGCUCAUGACGAAGUCUGCCCUGAAUUUCCACUGACUUGUGAGGGCUGUGGGAAGAAGAUUCCAAGGGAGAAGUUUCGGGACCACGUGAAGUCUUGUGGAAGAUCUAAAGUGCCUUGCAGAUUUGAGGUUGUUGGAUGUGCUGCAGUGGUGGAAAAUGAAAAGCUACCAGAACACGAAAGCAAGUGUUUGGCAGAGCAUCUCUACAUGCUACUGAGCUUUGUGCUCAGCCUCAAGACUGGGUCUGGAGACCUAAAGCCCCUUCCUGCCCUCUCCUCAUCGCAAAACAGCUCCCCACUACUGGCAGCAACCCCUCUGUGCUCUGAGUCAGACCUCUCCAGGUCCCUGGAGCUCUUGGGAAGAUGUGAAGCCCUUGAGAGGAAAACAGUGACCUUUGAGAACAGUCUCUGUGUGCUCAAUCGGGAGGUGGAAAGUGUGUCUCUGACAGCUGAAGCCUACAGUCAGCAACACCGGCUGGACCAGGAGAAGAUCGAAACACUGAGUAACAAGGUUCGGCAGCUGGAAAGGAGCAUUGGGCUCAAAGAUCUGGCCAUGGCUGAGAUGGAGGAAAAGAUCCGCAACAUGGAGGCUUCCACCUACGAUGGUGUUUUCAUCUGGAAGAUCACAGAGUUUGCCCGGAAGCGUCAGGAGGCGAUAACAGGCCGCUCUCCUGCCAUCUUCUCUCCAGCUUUCUACACAAGCAAGUACGGCUACAAGAUGUGUCUGCGUGUUUACCUGAAUGGUGAUGGCACCGGGCGCGGGACCCACCUGUCCCUGUUCUUUGUGGUGAUGAAGGGACCCAACGAUGCUCUCCUGCGGUGGCCCUUCAACCAGAAGGUAACCCUGAUGCUUCUGGAUCAGAACAACCGGGAGCACAUCAUCGAUGCCUUCCGACCCGACGUGACGUCGUCCUCCUUCCAGCGACCCAUCACAGAAAUGAACAUUGCCAGUGGCUGCCCCCUGUUCUGCCCCGUCUCUGUGAUGGAAGCCAAGAACUCCUAUGUGCGUGAUGACGCCAUCUUUAUUAAAGCCAUCGUUGAUCUCACAGGCCUCUAA